AUGGCUGAGAAUUAUGAUCGGUAUCCUGUGUCGUCUUCCAAGGCAUUGACUAACGUUGACGGGUCCAUUGGUCCAGAGAAAACAUCGAAGGUGGACGCCCAACAACUCAAUACGAUCCAACACCGGGCCCAACGCCUCGAUAAAUGGGGUCUGUUUAUUGGACUCGUUCCACAUCGGUGA